AUGUUACAAAGGCACUCGAACUCCAGUGACUGUUGGGUACAGGCUGCCAAUGAAAGUGCUCUGUCAUGUCAUCCUUCACAGUCUGCAACCAAGACAAUUGUGCUAGCUACUGUGCUGAUCUUUGUCACUAUAGCAGACCUGGUUGGAAACACCUUGGUUAUUUUAUCAGUUUUAAGAAAUAGAAAGCUAAGAAACACAGGUAACAUAUUUGUCAUCAGCCUAUCUGUUGCUGACUUGUUGGCUGGAGUUUAUCCAUAUCCAUUAAUUAUCCUGGCUAUUCUUAAAGACAGUUGGACAGUGGGAGAUGCGCACUGUCAUGUGGCCAGCUAUUUCUUAAAUAUCAGCCUACUUGCAUCUGUCUAUAACAUCAUGGGAAUUGCCAUCAAUCGAUAUUUCUACAUCUGCCACAGUUCCAAAUAUGACAAAAUCUACAGCACAUGGAACACGAUCCUUUGGCUCUGCUUAAUCUGGACAUUGACUGUAAUUGCACUAAUGCCGAUUGUCACUGCUGGGGCUUUACGCUAUGAUGGACAAAUAUACAUAUGUACAUUUAUACAGUCUGUUAACCCAGCUAGUGACAUAACAGUGGCAGUCAUUCAUUACAUAAUACCUAUGACAAUUAUAAUUUUCUGCUAUGUGAGGAUCUGGACCCUCGUCAUUAAAGUUAAGUAUCGGGUCAGAAAAGAUGGAAAGCAGAAGCUGAAGUCAGCUGAAAUUAAGAGUUUUCUGACCAUGUUCAUAGUUUUUGUUCUGUUUGCAGUUUGUUGGUCCCCCUUUCACAUAAACAGUCUGGUCAUGGGAUUAAGCCCUCCAGGGAAGGCUCCUAGAAUUCCAAACUGGCUUUUUAUCACAAGCUACUUUACUACUUUUUCUAACAGUUGUUUAAAUGGCAUAAUUUAUGGAAUCUUCAAUCAGAACUUCAGACAGGAAUUUAAAAACAUUCUUCUUUUGCUCUGGUUACCAAGACUUUUCCACAAGCAGACAUCAAGGUGA